AUGAGGACGGGUUGGGACCGCAUCUGCAUCGCUGGAGGUGGGGGCUGUGAUGGUGAAUAUGGCGUUCGACAGGACGUUGUGAGCGUUUCGGCUGAUAGCAGAGAUUGUAGAAGUGGUUGUGGUUGUUGUCGUCGCGGAGGUUGCGGCAACAAUGAAUGUUGUAGUAAUGAGUAUGGGCGUCGACGACGCUGUGGAAGUUGCAGCAGGACAGUGGGGAGGCAGCAGUUGGGGUUGUGAGGCUGAUGGUGCAAUUGGUCCAGAGAUGUUCGGCUGAUUCGCGCACAGAAUGUUCGUUGACUGUGCGGGCAUAUCGAGUGGGUUAGGAGGUUGGCAUUGCGGAUAUGGGGCGCCUGAGACUUGCAAAUAUCUCUUUUGAUUUUGCCAGCUGCGAUUCCGUUGCAUUUAUUGAUUAUUAUUAUUACAGUCUUCACCGUUCUUUUCCAGGCCGGAUGGUUCAGUGCGAAGUAUUUCAGGUUUUCAGGCUUAUUUGUAAGCGUCUUAAGGGAUUUACCAAUGUGUUAUGAUAGCGUCGAGUUUGGCUAUCUUGUCGGCGAAAUCACCAUUGAAGUGUUAUUUUGGUAGUCGCCAACCCUUCAUCAUCACGAGAUUGCCGCUUUAGUUUAAUUUCAAUUGCCUCAGCUUGGCGCGGAUGCCGAGGACUCCAGUCCGUCUCAAAACUUUUGUACGGGGGAUCCUGUCCGGCCACCUCACGAUUAAUAUUCUUUAAAGACAUAGGAAGUGGAAGUCAUUGGGUCUCCGCGCUUGUAUCUUCUAGACUUUCAGGUGUUCGCACCAUACAGCAGCGUAGUCAAGAUGCCCGCUUAUAAAUCUUCCGUUUGGUAUUAACGUGAAGACCGUGGCGAUGACAUGCUACGUUUUACAGCCGGUCAAAUCGGUCAUUUGCGAUUUCACCAUACUGAGAUUUUUGAACUUUUGUCAGGCGCACCAACAUACAUUCAGCCUUAUUGAAAAUGUUACCUGCGAAUUAUAGACUUAAUAACAAAGCUACUGUCGAUGAAUACCGAUUAUUCAGUCUACAAAAGAUAGAUGGAACAACCCUCCCCCUAAACGAGAAUUUGCAUGAAAGAACAGAUUACUUACCGAGGCACAUGGGAAGCAACAAUUUAUACAUUUGCGGCUCAUUGUGAUAAAAUAUCCAUUGAUAUGUUAUACACAGUGUGCCAGGCCAAAGUUCAGAUUCUGAUUAAACAAUUAUGGGAUUAGGUGGUUACAUGGCCAAACACCACAUGGCAAUUUCUAACAGAGAAUGAAUUUGCCUGUGAUAGAGUGCAAUAAGCUAGCAGUUGGAGACUGCUCAGUUGUCUGAUGUUAGACUCUGUAAUAGAAACAUGAAGUUUUCGCUCGCAGAUUAUUAAAUAUUGGACGCUUCUCGUCUUCUCUUGUGGCCUCAGUAAUGCCGACAACUAUGGACUUCUGCACUGAUUGCAAUGAGUAUGAUAAUUAUGAUAAAGAUAACUUUAUUUAAUGCCAGUUUACAGGCAUUGUCAAGGGAAGAGUGAAACACAAAUCCGAUCAGCAGUGAAAAAACUCCUGAGGUAAAGGAAUAAUAAUAAUUUAUUUAAUGCCAGUUUACAGGAAUUGUCAAGGGAAGCGAUCAAACACAAAUCCGACCAGCAGUAAAAAAAAAACUCCUGAGGUAAAGAAAUAAAAAUAUAGUUGAUGGUGGUUUUUAUGGUUUGGAGGGUUCAAGAGAAAAAACUGCUGGUGGUAGAUUUUCGACCGCCAAGAAGGGUGAGGAGGGGGGAUUGCACGGUAUCGGAGAUUAUCAGACGUAAAUCCCUUUCAUAAAGUUGGGGAUAGUCAAAGUAGGGACGUUGAGGAACAGCUGUUGACACCGGCCAUAGUGUUAAGAGACCACAAACGCCAUCGCUACGGUACAGUCGAUCAGUGGAUUCAGCACCCAAAAUUUGUGGGAGCUUUUCUGAAUGCAAAAAUCGAGUAAUAGUCCUCUUAAAUAAAGGAUAAUUUUGCAGAGUUUUCACACUCAUGGGUAGUUUAUUCCAAAUAGCAAUUGCAUUUACAGAAUAGAACCGACGAUAUUUAAGAGUACGUGCCAAAGGCAGAAAUAAAAAGACCUCACGGUGACUGUUACGUCGGGGGUGUACAUGAUGUCUUAAAGAGGUGAUUGGGUUAAAUGUGUGAUUAUAUAAGAGUUUAAAAAACAAAAACAGUCCCUUUUGUAAUCUACGGAACCAUAAGUGAUCAAGGCCUGUAAGCCGGCAACGUUCUUGGUAAGACAAAUGUCGGUGUUCCGGGGUUAAAACUCUCUUUGUAAAAAAGUGUUGAACGGAUUCUAUUUUCUUCCGCUCAGUAGCAGGCAUGAGGCUAAAUAAAAACGAACAGUAUUUCAGGCCAGGGCUAACGUACAUGUUGUAAAGGCGCAUUCUGAUGUCCCUAGUUUUAAAAUUUCGGAGGAUAAACACGGUCGUCUUACGUGUUUUGGAGACUAUCAAGGCACAGUGCUCCGAGAGAUUGAGACUCUUGGAGUAUGAUACGCCCAGAUUCUUAAGAACUCCAGGCACAUUUAUGGCGUGAACUUCAAUACUUAGUUGAGGUUGGCGGUCGUCGCCAACCACCAUGACUGAGCACUUAUGCCAAGAAAGAGAAAAGCACCAUGUGCGGCACCACUGGGCGAAAGCCUGCAGAUCGCUCUUUAGGAGCUCGAGCACAAUGUCAUGAUCUGCCGGCUUAUAUCGAUAUGCAACUUUAAGAUCAUCGGCAUACAUGAAAGGCUUACCAUUCUGAAAUAAUUCGGGUACAUCAUUAACGAAAAGGCAAAAUAAAAGCGGGCCGAGUACACUACCCUGAAUGACUCCACUCCUCACAUAUGUGGGAUUAGAGAUGGCACUGGAAAUCUUAACUCGUUGUGUACGAGUGCCCAGGUAAGAGGAUAUAAAAUUCAAAAGUUUGCCACCUAUUCCGAAAGAGGACAGUUGCAAGAGAAGAAGAUCAUGGUCAACACGAUCGAAAGCCAUAGUGAAAUCGAAAGAUACUGUGUAAAGUGCAAAACUAUUGUCCCUGGAUUGUAGAACAUAGUCAAAGAAGGAUAGCUGACAGGUGGCACAAGGCCGAGCUUUGAGAAAUCCAUGCUGCGCCGCACUCAGUAGGUUAUUCUCUGUUAAGUGACACAUCAUCUUCUUUUUGAUCAAUGUCUCUAAGAUCUUCGAAACUGCGGGGAUGGUGUUUAUUGGCCGAAAGUAAUCAAAUGACGUGGAUUUGCCGCGCUUAGGAAUGGGCAUUAUGUAUGAUUCCUUCCACAAGGAAGGAUAAGUUUCACUUUCAAGAGCAACAUUAAAUAUCCUGCAUAAGAGGGAUGGGAAGAUCGUAUUUGCAUCGACUUUUAAAAUGCUUACUGGGACACCAUCAGGGCCCUGACUAUAAGACUGACGAAAACGCCGAAUCGCAAUAGUCACAUCCCACAGAGUGAAAGUUAUGGUUUCUACGACUGCCCCAGUCAAUGCCUGGAUGGUCGGAAGCGGAGUGGUCGAGUCUUCAAUAAACGUUUUGGACAGGAAAUCAUUAAAGCUGUCAGCGGUUAACCGGGCAUCAACUAUGGGAUUUCCGAGAGCGUCUCGGAGGGCGGGAUGCUCCGUCUUUCUAUGAGUUCGUAUUUUUCUAGAGAAAAGUUUCGAGACACUUAACGAAUGGUUUUCGGUAAACUGGACCUCUUCGGCUCGCUGUUUUUCUUCAGACAAUCUCUUAGCCCGCCCAAAAAUAUCACAAUCAUGGGCACGACAGAAACGUCGUUCUGAAGAUGGAAUCGAUGAUAAGUCUGCGCAAUCUGCGACGAAAGUAUAAGGGUUGAAAAACCUCAUGGCCGACAUUAUUAAUUUUCUUACGGAGGACAAAACGAGAAAUAAGCGUAUCCAAAAUUUCGUACAGAUUUGCAGUGCAAACAUUUACAUCCGAACUAGGGAAGAAAUCAGUUCAGUCGUAGGAAUUAAGGUGUGUUAAUAAUUCGGUUGAGCGAGUUAAUCGGUAAUCGCGGAAAAUGUUAUACUUUUGGGACAGCGUUUUGUCAGCCUGGAAUUCCAGCGUUGAAACAACUAUGUCAUGGUCUAAGCCCCCCAGUGGGCCUAGGGAUGACACUGACGAUGGCAUGCAGCCUCUACAGAAACUUAGGUCAAGUAUGCUUGAGUCUCGGGUGGGAAAAUCGACAACCUGAGUCCACAUCCCAACAUCCACAGCCUCAAGAAAGUCUUUGAACUUUCAGGGGCCUGAGGGCGGAGACCAGCGGACUUCGGGAGAUUAAAGUCACCCGCAACCAAUUGAUACUUAAAGCUUGAGUCGGCCGCAGCCUGUGAGAGUAAACGAUCAAAACUGUCGUUGACGUUGGGAGGGCGAUAGACGCAACCAACGAGUAAAGAUAACUUAUUUUUUAGGGCAACCUGGGGCCAGCAGUUGCCUUCUUCUGUGGAAAAAUGCGGGAGGUUAAGCGGCAAAAAUGUAAGUGUUUGCUUCACGUAGACGCGACUGCACCCCCCAUGGCGAUCUUGGCGAUCAUUUUGAAUGCACUUAUAGCCUAGAAGAGAGAGUUCGAAGUCAGCUACUGAGGCUGAUGCCCACGUCUCAGUUACUAAAACAAUAUCCGGACGAUGGACGAACACCACAGUCUGAAGCAAAGGCAUCUUAUUAAGCAAGCAUCUGGCAUUUAAAACAAAAAGCUUGAAGGGAAAGACUAUUAGUUUCUGAUGGAGGUGGGCUACAUCGUCCCGUUCAGGGCUGCCCACGGAGCAAACGGUCCGGAUGUAACCAUCCGGUUCGGCAAAAAAUUUUGUGACAUCAAAAAAUUCCGACGUGGAUAAUAAGGGGUAGGAUUUGGGGAGGAAAUGACGGGCAGAUAGACUGACAACCAUUGAGAGCUAACUCAUUUUCGGCUGGAAAUCCACGGGCCAGAUACUGCAGCACAUUCCCACCGGAACGAAACUGAGGAUCGGAUGAGUUAACUGAUCCAGUAUGGACACUAGCAUGAGGAAUACAUUGGUAUAACGGUCAUGGUGGAAACAAGUUAGGGGGUGGGGGACGCAUUGCUUCCAUUGGAGCAAGAGCUUUACUAAACGGCGGGAAAAUCGGCAUAUUCGGCCUAACUGCCUCGAUAUGAGGGCUGGGGGGCAUUUGCGAACACGCUACGUUUUGAGUCGGGGUAUUUGAGGCACUGUGAGCCGAUUGUGGAGGAAAAGAUUUUAUAAUGGUGCUGGAUUUUUCGGCUGUCCGAGUGGCUGAGACAGCAAUUGGAUUUGCCUUUGACUUAGACACAUGCUUAGGCUUACUAGGGGUUGCUGGGGGAGUCGAUAGAGGCGUGUUUAUACCAGGCGUGAUGGUGUGUUUAAAGAGCUAAGCAUUAAAAGUAGUCAAAUUCCCUACGGAAUUGUCUGUGCCGUGAUGUGCAGAUGGUGUUGUAGAGGACUUAUUCAUACUGACAGUAGGCGUCAUUAUCUUGGUGUUGGUUUUUGCCGAUUUUAGUUUAUUCAGUCUUCGCUGCAGGGGUGUGAGGUCUGGCGAAACGGAGCAGCGCCAUUUACAGCAGAAUUCUUUCGUUAUCUCCCUACUCGACAAGAUAAAAUCGACUUCUAUCAUGGAGAAAAGGGUAACUAGUAUCGGUGCAUUACGGCUAAGCGAACGAAGUCGCUUAGCUUAUGCGACACUGAAACUCAAGCCACAACUUUGUAGGAACAAAUGCGCUCCAUCCAUAGCAGAUAAGUGGUUCGGAAUGUAUCGCAGUACGAAUUUAUGCUUGCGUUUAAUUCUUUCCUCAGUUUCCGAACUGAUUACCCCAAUAAGUUUAAAAGCUCGUUCAAUUACUUUUUCAGAAGUGCUGUUUGUGUCGCCAUAAAUCAACUGAUCAAGUAUUUCGUCAGCUGAUGUCCUGCUACGACUAGCAGAGGCGUAUUUUUGGACGACUGAAGGGUCAAGAUGUUCUACAUGUACUAAAGGGAUUUGUGAGUUAAUCAGAUCUGCAGACGACGAAGAACAUAGGCUGGCACCUGCAAUGUCUUCAGUCUUGAUUUUAGCACCCAGAGACGGUGGUGAGGCCGCAAGCUUUCGCCUUUUAACACGUGCUCUGCGGGGCAUUACAGACAAGAUAAGUUUUUCGUUACAGUAAAAGGAGCAAAGCGUUGCUAACGUACAGAAAAAUGCACUGAAUAGCAAGUACUACUGUUAUUUUACUACGAAAACUAGAAAAAGAUAGUCGGGAAGGGAGUCACUACAGAGGUUUUUUUUUACAAAAUACGACUAUUUUGCCAGACUGUCAAACAAAACUGGGAAAAAUUAUACCUUGUUUUGAAAGGUGACUUUUAGAAGGGACUCAAAUAAAAAACAUGCAUAAAUUGCUUAAGAAUAUCCAAGCAAAUGCAAAGCUUCACUCAUCUUUGAAAUUGAACUGUGCGCCUUGACCUUUCGCCAUGUUCAUAGGGAAUUACUUCUCAUACACCAAGCAGGUAGAUAAAAACAUUCAGCCUGAUUGACUGUGACAGAAAGUUGAUGUCAUGUAGAAGACGCUGUUCGACUAGUACAGGACCGGUGGAAUCGUAAUGGAUCUCGCACAGCCUAUAAACUGGCGUUGCUGGAUGUUUUGCUACUUGACGCACCCACAAACGUAACGACUUGCGACAACGGGACCAACUUAAUUCAGUAUAAUUCAGUAUAUAUGAGGGAUAGAGGCAGAGCCUUGGAAAACCAUACUUACAGAAAGACGUAUGAAUAAAACAUGCAGAUAUUUAAAUGGCAGUUAUGACAGUCAUUAAUAUCAUGUAAAUGUUUGACCAGGAAUUGUGCUUACGAAGUGACCAUGGUGAAACUCAAAGGGGGAAGCAUCCAUCCAAAUAAGGUCGUGGUGUCUUUUGAUGUUACAUCCCUUUUUACUUCUAUUCCCCAGGACCUGGCGAUCGAGACAAUUGAGCUGCUACUACAAAGCAAAUACGAUGAAACGGAGAACCGGCUUGGACACGCCCAAAUCCUUCAGCUACUGAAGCUCUGUCUCAGGACGUACUUCACGUUCAACGGGACAAUCUACGAACAGGUGAAGGGCACACCAAUGGGUUCGCCGAUUUCGGGGUUCAUCGCCGAGGCAGUCCUGCAACGGUUAGAGUCGCUGGUCUUCCAACAGCACAGACCGAAAUUCUGGGCCCGUUAUGUGGAUGAUACCUUCGUCGUCAUCGAACGGGAUCAGGUGUUGACAUUCCGAGAACAGAGACCCAAUCUGUAA